UCGAGCGGUCAGAAGCCGCUUCAGUGUGUCUGCUCUCUGUCUGUGUCCGCCGCUCCGCAAUAAACCUGCUGCUGCUGCUGCUUCUCUUUUUAACCGACUUUUAAUCGGUUAACGUGUCUUUUAUUCGUGUGUCCGCGUGAAGGGAGGAAAUCAAAAUGCUUUCUGCUCGCUCUCCUCUUUCCGUCAAGGAUGAAAACGGCGUCAUCAGUCAGGUCAACAACAUGUCGCUGGACAAAGAAAACACGCCUCCGAGUCUGAACACGACCCGGAUCUUGGCGUCUAAAACCGCGCGGAAAAUCUUCGACGACGCUGCGCCCAAAGCAGUGAAGAAGAGCAGCAGCAGGGAGAAAGAGGAGGAGCCUCUGCUGAAGGAAAACCCUCGUCGCUUUGUCAUCUUCCCCAUCCAGUACCACGACAUCUGGCAGAUGUACAAGAAGGCUGAGGCGUCUUUCUGGACCGCUGAGGAGGUGGAUCUGUCGAAGGACCUGCUGCACUGGGAGUCUCUGAAGGACGAGGAGAGGUACUUCAUCUCUCACGUGUUGGCUUUCUUUGCCGCCAGCGACGGCAUCGUCAACGAGAAUCUGGUGGAGCGCUUCACACAGGAAGUGCAGGUGACGGAGGCCAGGUGUUUCUAUGGUUUCCAGAUCGCCAUGGAGAACAUCCACUCAGAGAUGUACAGCCUCCUCAUCAACACCUACAUCAAGGAGCCCAAAGAGAGAGAAUACCUGUUCAACGCCAUCGAGACUCUGCCGUGUGUGAAGAAGAAGGCUGACUGGGCGAUCAACUGGAUCGGCAACAAGAGCGCCAAAUAUGGUGAGCGUGUGGUGGCCUUCGCCGCCGUGGAGGGAAUCUUCUUCUCUGGUUCCUUUGCUGCGAUCUUCUGGCUGAAGAAGAGAGGCCUGAUGCCCGGCCUGACCUUCUCCAACGAGCUCAUCAGCAGAGACGAGGUGAUUAUUGAUUAUUGAUCAGCAGGAGGCUUC